AUGGAAUUGAUACGUCCUGGGGCCAUCAUGGCACCACCACCAAAUCCUUUCGUUCGUCGGAACUACCAAUACUGGAAUUACAAUGCUGCCAAGGUUCUACAGGGUGGAAUGUGGUUUUCGCUUACAAAAGAGGGUGAGGGCGUGUAUUGGCGCAAUCCCACAAUCAUCAAAACUAUCACCGCCGAGUGCCAGGGAAGAUACCUGACGCACGUUGUGCAGAAGCGCGGGGAGCCCUGCUUCAGUCGUUGCCCUCAGCCAGAGAACCAGACAUCCAUGUGCUGGAUCGAAUGCUUCUUCGAUGUCACUCUUGGUAAAGGUGCUAAUCAAUCGACGCAUCUGUCUGGUGGAAUGACUGCCGAUGAAAUUGCGGAUGCGUGGGCUCGGGGAUUUGAGCCAGAGAAUAUAGAGGGUGGUUGCCCGCCUUUGUACCCUAAUGGCUUUCGGGAGUUUGUCAUUUAA